AACUCAGUCUUUCCCAACCCAACCCCCCAAAUAGAAGAAAUCUCAAUCUGCUGGGUUUUGGCCAUCCACCACACCUUCCACUUCUUCUCAACUUUUAUGGCCCAACCAACAUUGAUUGCUGCUAUUUGUGUUCUUACUCUGUCCCAUUUAGUUCAAGCAACAACCUUUACCAUAGUAAACAAAUGCGAUUAUGUGGUAUGGCCUGGAAUUCUCUCAAACGCUGGUGUUCCAACACUUGCUACAACAGGUUUCACCCUCCAAAGAGGUGAAACCAAAACCAUUACCGCCCCCACAUCAUGGGGCGGUCGCUUUUGGGGUAGAACGCAUUGCUCGCACGAUUCCGACGGAAAAUUCUCAUGUCUCACCGGUGAUUGUGGCUCCGGGAAGCUUGAAUGUUCUGGGAAUGGGGCUGCUCCGCCUGCCACUUUGGCUGAAUUUACUUUGGACGGUGCUGGCGGGCUUGAUUUCUUUGAUGUGAGUUUGGUGGACGGUUACAACAUCCCUAUGUUAGUGGUUCCCCCGGGUGGCAAAGGUCAAAAUUGUAGCAGCACCGGCUGCGUUGUGGAUCUCAAUGGCUUGUGUCCUUCGGAGCUUAGGAUAAUGAGCAGUAACGGCAGGGAUGGCAUCGCAUGCAAGAGUGCUUGCGAGGCCUUCCGCCAGCCUCAGUACUGUUGCAGCGGCGCGUAUGCCACACCCGAUACUUGCAAGCCUUCUUCCUACUCCCAAGUCUUUAAGACAGCUUGCCCACGCGCCUACAGCUAUGCCUAUGAUGAUAAAACCAGCACCUUCACAUGUGCCAAUGCUGCCGAUUACUCCAUUACUUUCUGUCCUUCACCUAACACCAGCCAGAAAUCAUCGCAAGAGGCGACGACGCCAGGGCAGAACACAGAAACAACAACAACGGCGAUGCCAACGUCACCUCUUGUCGACAACACUAUCAUGUACGAAGGGUUAAUCUUAGAUGAAAGUGAGGCAUCACCAUUCAGGGUCACCACCUACAUAUUCGGAAUCAUCACGGUGGCAAUUUGGUGGUGGUGCCAAAUCUUCUAAUAUAUUCCAUAUACAUAGUCGUAAGAAACUUUACUAAAUCCCCCAUCUAACUUUGGUCCAUAGGUCAGGUGUGGGAUGUGCUGGGUCUCAUGGUGACAUGGAAUCCAGUCAUGACAUUGAAAGCUCACCUGUCAAUUGAAUUGUAUUGAAGCCCCCCCCCCCCUCCCCGCGCCCUUCAUAAUAUAUUUGCAACUGCAACAUGCAAGUGUUGGUGGGAAUGGAGGGCCUAAUGCACCAUAUUCUGGCUUUUAGGUUUAUGGAAUAUUUUUCUUAGUUUUCUGUUUAACUUUUAUAUUAUAGGAGGGAUAGUAUUCAUUUUAUUGCUGGUUUUCAGGAAUCUAUCAAUAAUUAAUCAUUUUUUAUUA